CGUGAGAAUAGCAAAAAACAAAAAUUCAUAAAAUAAUUAAAUACAUAAGCAAAAAAAAAAUAGACCUUUGGAUAUAAAUAUAAAAAUACAUAUAAAUUACUGAAGAAAAAUAAAAAUAAUUUCUGUGUUAUAAUCAAAGAAAAUCUUUUGUGGAAAAACGUAACAACGUCUAAUGAAAAAAAGUUUUAGUGCAUUUUAAAGCAGUGUCUCUCUAUCUUCGUGUGUAACUACGUGCUUGUGUUUAACAAUAAAUAAUAAAUUGUGUGAUUAAUUUUGCUUUUUUUUAAUACAAAUACUUACAACAAUUUUCCAAUGUAUUAGCAAAUUUUAUAGGCUUCAUGAAAAAUUAACAAUUUUGUGUUGCUCUUCUAAGAAAAAAAUAAAUUACAACCAACCAACCAACCAGAUCCACCAAAAAAAAAUAUUUAACAAACAAAAAAAAGUAAAUUUCUAACAAUAAUAAAUUCUCCAACACCAAAACAUAGAAAACUACCCCACAAGAAAAUAAAAAAAAAAUAUUUUUUUAGCAAUAAAACCUUAAAAUUGAUUUAUAAAAAAUACCACAAAAUAUUUUUAUAAAUCAUAACCAAAAGCAAAAUUGAGCAAGAAACAAACAAAACAAAAAAAAAAUCCCCCACAAAAUUUCCAAAAACAGUGAUAUUUACGACGAAAAGAAGAAAUCAAAUCGUACAAAAUCACGAUCACCAUCAUUAACGGCGAUAGUAGAACAAAGUUCUUAACACCUUUUGUCAACCUGAUAUGUCGGAGGGUGUAAAAGCGCUCCUAGAAGCUGCUCAAUAUAUUGAGCAGCAGGAGAAAUUGAAAUUAUCACCACAGGCCACAGCGUUACCGGCAAUACUCAAUGAGCAGCAGCGUUUCAUAGUACAUGCGUAUGAUGCAACAAUUGCGGCAGCUGCGGCCGCCAACAAUAAUAAUAUUAGCAACACAACAACGACAACAACUAAUGGCCAUCAUAGUGUCAAUGGCGGCGGCGUUGUUGGUGGUGGUGGCGGCGGCAGCAUAAAUAUACGCAAUUCAAAUAUAAGACAUGGCAAUAAUGCCGGUUCCCUGCAAGUGUCAUCAUCAGCACCAGCUGCUGCAGCCACAUUUCAGCAUGUUAAUGGUCAUCAUCAACAGCAACAGCAUCAUAACAAUGCCAGCAGCAAUACCACCGCCUCCUCCCUGCUCCAUCAACAUCAACAACAAACUCUUGCUACGACAACGGUAUUAACAACUAACGGUACAAAUAGUUUAACCGCAUCUUUAACAAAUGGCCACCAUCAGCAACACCACCACCACCAGAACAAUAAUCAACAGCAUCAUCCUCUACAUCAACAGCAACAACAUCUGAAUCUUAAUCAUCAUCAUCAAAGUAGUCAAUUAUUAAAUGCAAAUCAUCAUGAUUAUGAAUUUAAUGGAAAUAGCAAUGGUGGUGGUGGUGGUGCCAGUGUAACCGUUAUGGCAUCUUCACCCUCAUCUUCAUCGGGUACAACAACAAGUGGCAAUUUACUGCAACAAUUAUCAUUAAAUGGCAAGUCCAGUGAUGGUCGCCUAUCGGAAGAUGCAAACAAAAACAGCAACAACCACAGCAAUAAUGAUACUAAAAACAACAACUCAUUCAUGUUACUGACCAAUUCAACAGCUACAAAAUUAUUGAAAACAUCAUCUCUGUCGCCACCCAUUAAAAUGGCCACAGAUGAAGAGGAACCAGAUGAUGAUGAGGAUGAUCACAUGAUGAAAUAUAAAAGUGCGGCUGAGACAACGGCGGAUGGCAGCAAUACGACAACAUUUACUUUGAUAGGUAAAAAUGGUGAAGUUAUAGGUAAUGCUGCGGCCAGCAAACAAAUAUUGCUGGCUAAUGGCAUACGCAUACCGGCUACAUCAGCCACUAUUGCUCAAGUAGUGCAGCCGACACAGACACCACAAGUGUCGCUGUCCAAGGCCAUUAAUAUACCAUUCAAUAGUAAAAAUAUCCCUCUAAUAACAGGGUUUCCCUAUCAAUUGACCUCGCCAUCGACGUCGUCGUCGUCGUCUCAGCUGCAACCACAUCAACAACCUCCCGGUAGUUGUGUAGUCUUCACAAAUCGUCCCAAAACUUUUAGCCCCUUGACACCGCCACCCAUGUCGAGUAGAAAAUUUGUUGAACCCACCCAGUCACGUAUACGAAGUUACUCACUAUCCUCCCAUAAAUUUUCAGCCAACAAUCAGUUGCAUGUACAAAAUCACAACAGCAACAGUAUGAUGGUCGAUGAAAUACCGCCAACGCAACAACAGCAUCAUCCUAGUUUCGGUACAAACUCAUCGUCCAGUCAACACUCGACGUCUAGCCAACACUCACCGCCCCGUCAUGUGUCCUCCUCGUUGGGAGCGUCAUCGUGCGGCAGUCAUUAUAUGCAUAUGAUUAGUGCGGCUGGUACACAGCAGUCGUCAUCGCCGGGUCUGGGAGGAGCUGGAUCAAAUCAUGUAACACAUGCAACGCCUAGAAGGCGUACGAUUAGUUCCACAAGUAAUGGGGCUGGUACCCGUGAAGUUCAUAAUAAAUUAGAAAAGAAUCGUCGUGCCCAUUUAAAGGAAUGCUAUGAAGCAUUAAAAAAUCAAUUAUCAUUGAAAGAUGAAGAUCGCCGAAAAACCUCCAAUUUAGCUAUAUUGGGAGAAGCUUUUAAAUGUGUCCAAUCUUUCCAAAAACGUAAUCAAGAACUGGAAGCUGAGUGGGAACAUUUAGCAAAUGAUAAAAUCAAUUUACAAAAACGUAUUGUUAGCUUAAAGCGUGAACUUGGUCCAAAGUAUGAACAAAUAUUUUCGGGUAUAUUUCCUGAUAUCGAAAUUGGUAGCAUUCCAAGUGAGAGAGAAACAAAUGAUACACAUUCACUCUCAUCUGGACGUGGCAGUACAUUGUACAGUUCAUCUAGUUCGCUAUCAAGUGGCGGCAGUAAUGGCAGCAGCAGCAGCAGUGGUGGCAGUGGCAGCAAUACAAUGUCAUCACCAGUUGGUGCUGGUUUACAAACUGCUAUGCCCACAACACUAUCGCCUGUGAUAAACAAAAUCAACAACAACAACAGCAGCAGCAACAUCAACAACAACAACAAUAUAAAUUCUACAUCACCAAUAUCAAUUAAUAGCAACAACAACAGCAACAAUGUUGUCAUGCAACUACAAGUACAACAGCGUCAAAAAAAUACCACCACCAUACAAGCUGUAGCAAUUCCUAAUCAGGGUGGAGGCGGAGGUGGUGGCAUUAGCAGUCCACCAGCUGGUAGUCCUACGGCUCUUGUUACAUUUGGUAGCAGUCUACCAUUGUCAUUGACAGCCAAAAAUAUAUCAGCUACUGCUGUUACCCGUGGCUCACCCACACCCUCGACACCCUCACCGUCGCCGUCCUCUUCGAGUGGUGUCUCCUCGUCAUCAUCAUUGAUCUCGUCAUCACCUCCCAUUAAUGGGGUGAUUAGUAAUGGUCGCAAUGUGACCGUUAACAUUCCUAAUGGUUUGAAAUUGCAAGCAGCAGCUGCUGCUGUAGCCGGUGCUGGUAUAAAUGGUGGCGGCGUCGGUGUCGGCGGUCUUAUGGCCGGUGGAAUUGGUAGUGCUACAACAGCCACAGCUGCUGCAACCAUAUUGGCUACUACAGCACCCGCACAAGGAGUUAAUAAUACAAAUAAUGCAGUUUUGGGAAAUCAACAACAACAACAACAUAAUGGCCGCAAGAAAAGUUUAACCUUAACGAACACCAACAACAAUAACAACAAUAAUAUGGUGGAAUCGAAAAAUAAUCACCAUCAUCAUCAUCCACAGCAGCAGCAACACCAGCAGCAUGCUAGUGAAGAUGGUGAACAGCCGGCAAAAUUUUUAAAAGUAUUCAAUACAACAAGCACAGCAACAAAUGGCCAUCAUCAGCAUCAUCAUCAACAACAACAGCAACAUGAAGUUAAAAAUCAUGGACAAAAAUUUCUAUUAACCAGCAAUGGUGGAAUUUUACAAGGUGGAGGAGGAGUUGGAGUAGGAGGUGGUGGUCUUAACAAUAAUAUGGGUGGUUCUAUUGCAAAUAAAUCAGUUACUAAUGGUUCUUCUUCGAUGGCCUCCACAAUAGCAUCGUCCACAAAUGAAUUGUGCCGUCUGCCAGGUGGUGCUGAAUUAAAUAUUUUACCCUCAAAUGGUUUAAAAGUCGCCUCAGGUGUUAAUGGGCCCGUGGCUACAGCAUUUUAUCAUGCCAAUGGCAAAAUCACUUUUGUUAAUGGGCCGCCGCCAACUACGCAUCAACAUCUACAUCAGCCGCAGCAGCAGCUACAGCAUCAGUAUCACCAUCAUUCACUACAACACCCACCGUCGCCUUUGCCAAACUCUACCACUAUCACUAGUAAUGGAACAACAACUCUAACUAAUGGGAUUUUGCUUAAAGAUGCCACCAGUGUUACGCCACUGUUAGUAUCGGCUGCAUCAUCAACCUCAACAACGUCUAGUGUUAAUGGUUUGCAUUUUGCUGGCAAUUUUGCCCAAUUAUUAGCUGCUGCUAAUACAACGGCUACAACAUGUACCACUAAUAGCAACAAUGGUUUGUUGGCAAAUGCCACAGCAGCAGCUACUACUGCCUCAAUUGUGCCAAUGGCAACAAAUUUUCAAAAUAUUGUGGAAUCGAAAACAAAAAAUAAUAACAAGUCCUCUAUUGUUACUUGGCGUUCUGGAGCUGCUACUACUAAUUAAACUCAAAACAUGGCAAUGAAAUAUGGAAAAUGGUUGUAACAAAUACAAAAUCAAGGCCUUUAUAAAUAUAUGUAUAUUUAGCUUGACAAUAAUUAGUCAAAGCUAUAAUAACAACUAAAAAGCCUCAGAGAAAAACUAUACUCGUUUGUGUGCAAAAGCAAAGACGUCAGCAGCAGCAGCAGAUGUAGGAAACAAAGAGUAACGACAUCAAGUCGUACAUACUACAACAACACUAUCUAAAACAACAACAACAAACAAGAUUGAUAAAGAAAAUUAAACAAAUUAACAAAAAAUGAAAAUGCUCCCACCUUUGUCAAAUAAACAUGACACAAAUCACACAAAAAAAAACAAACAAACCAACAAACAAAAAAGAGAACAAACUGCAACGAUUAAACUCUAUAUUUAAUUUAAGGUUAAAUUUAAAACAAACAAACAAAAAAAAUCAAACAUCAUUUUACAACAACACCCACACUGUUCCCGGAUUUAGACAGUCAAACAUUUUCAAAAAAUUUACAUACAACAACACAGUUUUCCUUUCUUUAGGCAACGAUUGAGAUAACCAGUUUAACACAGAAGCGCUACAAUUAUUGAUGAAUGAUUAAUUCUUUGUUUUUUUUUAUAGAGCAAGACAAAAGUAAAUUUAAACAAAAAUAAAUUAAUAAACACUAAACAGUUCCGCCCAUCAUUAGCAUCAACGAUUUUGCAAAACACAAAAGAAACAAACAAAGAAAAUUUUACAAAAAGAAAAAUUUAAAGAGGAGAAUAUUAUAAAAAUAAACUAACUGAAAAUUCUUUAAAAAUACAUAUAAUAAUUUUGUCAUAGAUUUAUACACACACAUACACAUAGAAUGUUUAUAUCAUGAAAUGAAAAUCCCGAGCCACCAAAAUCCAUAUACUACUAAUGAUCUUUUUUUGUUACAGUAUGUUGUCGUAUUGAACUUUUAACACAGCCCCACUCUCCCCAAUAUAUUUCCAACUUGUUUAGUGUUUCAAUUUGAGCUCUAUUUAUACAAUUUCAAGAUUUACUAAGUUUUUAAAAUUAAAUUAGUACAUAAUUCGUAAUUAGAUUCGAAAUAUUCAGAAAAUUAUUUUGAAGAAAAGCUUCGAAUUGAUUAAUUUUAAUUUAAUCUUAAAAAUGUCAGCCAUUCAUUCCAUAAAUCCAUUCACAAAUAUACGCUCAUGUUCUGGAAAACGCGAUUUGUUAUUUUUCAAACCGUAAUCGGUUUGAAAAAGGCAAAACACAUUUCACCAUUUUCUGAAAAUCACGCGAUUUGUUAUUAGUUUCAGUAUACACUAGCGGUUUGAAAACGCCAAAUUUUUAGCGUUUUCGUUUGUCAGAACACCUGUUUGGCGUUUUCAAAUCGAAAACGCAAAUUUCAAGCGAUAUACGCUUUUCAGAAUUGGGCAAUAAUUAUUUUAUGAAUACAUUCAUCUUUGCAUUAAAUUACAAUGAAAUUAAUUCAUUAUAGGAUUCAUUCAUCUAUUAAAUGAUUAAAUUAUUUAAAUUCAAAUCUAAUACAAAUUUUUAUUUCAUUCAAUUUGUUUUGUUAUUAAUCAUUUACUAUAUGAAUUGAGAAACGGACUUAAGCCUUUUUGUAAUAGAUUUGAAUCGAAGACAAAUUUAAUCAUUCAAUAGAUUUUAUGAAGUCAUGUCUUUUUAUUAAAGAUAAAUUGAAAUUAAUUCUAUAAUGAAUAAAUUCUUAAUGGAAUGAAUUCAAUUUGUUUGAAAAACUAAGAAAUUAAGACAACGAAUUAAUUCAUGCUGAAUGGUUUAAUGGAAUUAUUAAGAGGAUACAUUUAAUUUGAUUGUAUUAAGAAGAACUUUUUUAUGUUCAAACAUUUCAUUUGACGCAGUAUUAAAUUACGCAGCUAUAAUACGAAAAUUGUUUGAAUUUGUUAACAUUAAACAUUUUUCAAAAUUGUACCGGUAUUUUGUGAUAAAGUUCUGUUGUGUAUUUUCGAAUCGAAUCUGAAAAAACUUUGUUGUAACAGUAUUUUAUUAAGACAAAAAUUAAUUUAACCUGAACUUUAUCUCAGGGUGUGUGAGAGACAGUUCAAUUUUUUAUCUGGCGAUUUCUUUUCCAGCUAAAAUCGAUUUUUUUCUGGCCUCUUUUUUAUUACGUUUUGUGUUAUUUUCUGGCGAUGUUAAAGACCAUGUUAUUUUCUAAAAAGAAUUGAAUAAUUUGAUUGAAUUUAAUGAGAAUGUUGCAGUUUUCGUUUCUGAAAAAAAUUUUAUCUUUUUACCAUUUGGCAUUUGAUUUCACGCUCCUUUUAUUAUUUAAUGAAUAAGAUCGAAUCGAAGAUGAACUUUUUGAACAACCAGCUAAAAUGGAAGUAGUUUAAAUUGAAUGAUAUAGUCAUGACAUAUAUGAUUCACUUAAACUUUGUCAUUAAUUGAGCUACUUCUUCAUCAUUUAAAUUUUGUUGCUGCCUGUUUGUUUGUACUUAAGUAAACAUGACGAAUUUUCAUUUGAAUCUUUAAAACAUAAAGAAUUAUUUGAAAGAAUACAAAAUAUACCGGGAUUACUACUCAAUUGGAAAUGGUUUUAAUGUUUCUUGAAACGCUUGUUUGUACACUUUUUGCAAGAGGCUAGGUGAAUGAGGUAUGAACAAUCACUUAUUUAUACCCCACAAAAGGUUGAGCUGUAAGGGUGAUGGAGAUGACCCCUCAAUUCUUAAAAAAAUCAAGUGUUUAAGACGAAUUAUGAGAACUCUUAUUGAUGUGAUAAAGAGUGAACUAUUUUUUGGCAUUUGCCAAGUUAGAUUUGUGCUUAGAAAAUGGUCACUUGUUACAUGAGGCGACUUGUGAGAGCUCUCAUGGACUGGAUAAUGAUUGACCCACGUUUGUUUUUUUUUUGCCUUUCUUAUUGCUUUAAAGACAUUGCAUUUCGGCACGUUUUUACCGAAGUAAUUUGUUGGAGAUUUGGCUCAUCAUGAAAACUUUUACGGUCAGUUGACUGUUGAAAUAAAUUUUUAAUAUUUCAAUAUUACAACCAGACGCAAGCAAUUUUUUUAAGAAUUUGUCAAGAAAUCUUUUUGGUUGCCAAAUGCUCUUGCAUUUCUACUAAUUCUCACGAUACAUCUCAUGGCUAUCCUAAGGUUCCCGAACAGCAUCUGUUCUGUAAACGAUGAUCUUCACAUCACACGAUUUUGUACAUUGAAACAUUUUUGAUUACGAGUAAAUCCUGCGGAUCGGCUCAACGUUAUUGUGAAGUACGAAAAUUAUUUAAGUGAGGUUAUAUCAGACGAGGCCAUGCUAGCAAUUUAACAAAAUAGCUAUGCAAAGUUUGGCAUUAAACCAAAAUAAGAUUAAGUCGCAAAGUUACAAAAUAAAAACACUGGAAAUUAAUUAAUUUCUUUAUAAAGUCCCAAUCCAAUAAUGGUUAUGUGAAUUUCGAUCCACUUUUGGUGAAAUUUUAAAUAAUUUUUUUGGCUAUAAAAGUUCUAAUUACACAGAAUUAAUACACAGAAUUCCAUUCCGAUCGAAAGUAGAAUUAAUUCCGUUUUUUUUUAGAAAAAGUAAAACAAAAUAUUUUCCGAUUGAAACCUCUUUCAGUUUUCUAAGUGGAAUUGAUAUUAGGUUAGGUUAUAAAGGCAGCUAGUAUCAACCAGCUCACUUGGGUCCAUAAAUUGGUCCCUUUGUGUAACCCUUUGAUAUUAGUUUGUAAUAAUAAUUUCUUUACCGAAAAUUUGACUCUGGUUUAAAUAUACCAAACGUUAUCAAAUUAAAAUUGGAAAAAAGAGUUAUUAAAUCUAUUGGGAAUUAAUAAAAUGAAACGGAAUCUAAUGAAGCUAAAACAAAAUCGUUCGGAAUAAUAACUGAAAUUGAAACCAUUCCGAAUGAAGUGUGUGAUAGGCCUAAAAAUCUAGGCUGGAUCCCAUUGGUGCAGAUGAAUUUGGCUACAGUUUAAGUUUUUUUAAUUCCAAAAAAAAAAUUUACCUCAUUCUUAAAAGAGUUUAAUUUUUCUAUAAGAAAUAAACUUUUAAUAUAGAAGGAUUGUUUGUUUAAUAAUCAACGUUAGGUCCCACAAUUUAUGUAGAUUUUAAAUAAUUUUGUUAUGAAAGAUAACUAGAAUACUGUUUUUAAGUGAAAUUAUUGUUUAAUUAUUUUAAUAAUCUGUUAAUUGUUGUUUUAUUAAAAUUAUUUUCUAUAGAGUUUAUUAAAUAGAGUUCAAAAUCUUUAAGCAGUUGGAAAUUUAAAACAUUUCAAAACCAUUCUUAACAAAUAUAAAGUAAAAGCAAAAAAAUAGUUAUACGCAGCCUCAUUUUUAAUUAAAAUUUUUAAAAAUAUGUUUUUUAAAUUGAAACAUUUUCAAACAAAACCAUAUAAAACUUUAAAAUCUUUUUGAAAAUAUUUUUUUUUAAAAUCGAAAAAAUAUUCACAAAUAAAAAUUGUUGUUUUAACGCUGUUAAGUAACAGAAACCACCAAAAAAGGCAACGCUUUAUAAAAGAAAAUAAAAAUUUACUAAAUACAAAAAAAAAUAGUUAAAAUCCCCUUAAAGGACCGGAAAACUCUCCUCUUCUAACCUAAACCCCCCUCCCCACAAUUACAAAUAUGCAUACAUAUACAACAUAAUUACAAAUUAAAACUAAUUUUAGCCGAAAACAAUAAAAAAAACAAACAAACAAAUUACUAAUUUUUAUGUUAUAGAAAUAAAAAAGAAGCAAAACAAACAGAAAAGAAAAAUCAUAAAAAUAAUCAAAAAUAUAAAAAAAUAUAUUAUACUACUACUCUAUAUACAAAACAAAAAAACUCACAGUGAGAAAAUAAAAUAUUAAACAAACACGAAAAAGAAGAAAAAACACAAUGUUAAGUUAAAAAAAAUAAUAAAACAAAAACAGUUUUUAAGACAUUUUUCUACCCUGGGCCCUAAUUUUCACAAACCAUCCUAUAAAAAAACCUUCCCCCUCCUCCUCAACUCUUCUCUUAACUUUAAAAACUCCCUCCCCUUUUUCUCAACCUUAAAAAUCUAACAAAAAUCUGUGUGUAAUAAUUUAAGCAAAAUUAAACUAAAACAAAAAAAAUCCAAAAAAAAAUUAUAAAAGAAAUUCAUUCUAAAAAAAACAAAUUACAAAAAAAGUGGAAAUAUAGUCAAGUUAUAUAAAGUAUACAUAAAUAUAAAUAUAUCUUAUAAAUAUAAAUGCAAUUUGUAUAAAUUUAAUAUAAAUAUAAAUCUAAACUUAAAUAUAAAUAUUAGUUUAUAAUUAUUAAAAAACAAGCAAACAAAUAAUAAAUUGAGAAAUAAUUUAAAGUAUAAUAUAAAUAAACAAAACAAGAAAAACAAAAACAAAUAAAAUAUAUUUAAUAUACAUCUAAUGUAAUUGAAUAUACAUAAAUUAUAAUUAUUAUAAAUAAUAAUGUAUUAAUUGUAUGUUUAAAUGUGUAAAUUAAUUAAUUAAUAUUAAAAACAAAAAAAAUUUAAAAUAAAUAUUUGUAAAAAAAACAACAAA